UGGAGAAGUAAACACCGAAGUCAGAAGUCAACUUACCUUAGGCUUUAACGAGUUUAAUGUUGAGUUGGUGUGGCCAAAACCUCUUCAGACAGAUAAGGCACUCACCAAGGACGGUGUCAUCAACUUGUAGUAUUCUAUCCAGUUUCCAUAAUUUCAAAUUGACAGGUUUUAGGACUGACAAGUACCUAUUGAUGAAAAGAAAAUGCACUACUGUUCCACAGGAGCCCAAGGGAAAGCUUCAAAAAGUUAUGCUGCCCACAAAGUCAGAGAAUGAUAAACGGGAAUACAGGUCCCUUGUCCUUGAUAAUGGUCUUCGGGUUCUCUUAAUCUCUGACCUGAAUGGUGAAGCUGCAACUGAAAUUGAAGAGGAUGAAGAAACAGAAGAAGAAUCUGGGUCAGACUCUGGAUCUGAGUCGGAAGGACCUCCAUCAGAUGGGGAAAUGGAUGAGGAUGGAGAAGAUGACAGACCAGAGAACUCCAAAGUGUCAACUGAAAAAAAGUCAGCAGUAGCUCUUUGUGUUGGAGUUGGCAGUUUCUCUGAUCCAGAUGAUAUCCCAGGAUUCGCACAUUUCUUAGAACAUAUGGUAUUUAUGGGAAGUAAGAAGUACCCCAAGGAAAAUGAAUUAGAUGACUUUCUAGGACGUCAUGGUGGAUAUUCUAAUGCUUGGACAGACUGUGAAAAGACUUGUUUCUACUUUGAUGUGGAGAGGAAGUACUUUGGUCGAGCUCUGGACAUGUUUGCACAUUUCUUUAUCAGUCCACUGUUCCAGGAGGACUCUGUGGAUCGAGAAAUUGAGGCUGUCGACAGUGAAUUUCAAAUGAGCCUACCAGAUGAUGAUGACCGUAUCAAUGCUUUAUUGGGCACACUUGCUAAACCAGGACAUCCUAUGUCCAAGUUCUUCACAGGUAAUGCAGAAACACUGAGAACAAUUCCAAAGCAGAAUGGUAUUAAUGUUUAUAGUCGUCUACGGGACUUUUACACCCGGAUGUACUCAUCACACUACAUGACUGUGGCUAUGCAGUCAAAAGAUAGUCUAGACAAGCUAGAGGAAUGGGCUAGAGAGGUUUUCUGUGAUGUUCCACACAAUGGUCUUCCACAGCCUGUGUUUCAUGAUUUGAAGGAUCCAUUUGACACCCCGAAGUUCAGGAAGAUGUAUAAAGUGAUACCAGUUGAGGAUGCACAUAAGGUGUAUAUAAACUGGUCACUACCUCCCUGCCUUGACAAAUACAGAACAAAGCCUCUAGACUACCUGGCUACAGUGUUGUGUGAUGAGGGCCAGGGAAGUGUUCUUGCAUACCUAAAGGAAAAACUUUGGGCAUUGUCCAUCAUGGGAGGCUACAGCUAUGAUGGAUUUGAGAUGAAUUCUACAAUGACAAGCUUCUCUGUAGUUGUGACUCUCACCGAUGAAGGCCUUGAACAUUACGAGGAGGUGGUGGAGGCUAUUUUUCAAUACAUACAUAUGUUAGAAGAGUCAGGCCCACAGGAAUGGUUAUUCCAGGAACUGAAGCAGAUUGAAGACAGCAAGUUUCGAUGGAAAGAACAGGGCGAUGCUGUGAACUAUGUGGAGAAGGUGUCUGAAAGCAUGCAUAUGUUUCCCUGGGAAGAUGUCCUCACAGGUCGUACAAUUUUGUAUGAUUAUGAGCCAAAGAUGAUAUCAGAUUGCUUGUCACAUUUAUCACCUAACAACUGUAACAUACUGCUGAUGUCCAAUAAAUUUGAAAAUACUGACCAAUGUCCCCUUGAGGAGAGAUGGUAUAAAACAAAAUAUGGAGUCAGUGACUUUUCUUCUGAAUUUAGUCAGAGACUGAAAGACUGUGGUUGUAAUCCAUCUCUACACUUGCCAAAACCAAAUGCCUUCAUAGCCACUGAUUUUGACCUUAGACAACAUGAAACUGAGUCAAAGCAACCAAAGCUUUUGAAAAGUGAUGAAAAAGGGAAACUUUGGUUCAAACCAGAUACAAAGUUUAAAGUUCCGAAAGGAUAUAACUACAUCCAUCUGAUGUCACCAGUAGUGUACAGGUCCCUGGACAGUGCCAUCCUUUUGGAUUUCUUUGUUAACCUAUUGGAACAUCAGUUGACCCUUGUGGCCUACCCUGCAUACCUUGCUGGAUUUGAAUAUGGAAUUGAAGGGCAUGAAACUGGCAUUACUCUCCACAUGAGUGGAUUUUCUCAUAAAAUGAAGGUGAUCACUGACCUGUUACUGGACCAGCUGUUUGGAUUUCGCUGUACUGUUCGCGAGUUUAACAUGAUGAAAGAGGAGGUCACAAGAAUCUACAAUAAUGACAUGAUUAGACCAAACAAGCUGGCAAGAAUGCUGAGAUUUGCAGUUACAUCACCCUUAAAUUGGCCUGUGCCGGAUCGUUUAGGCCGUAUUAAUGAUAUCACACAUGACAUGUUGGAACAUUUUGUGGAAGAGUUUCAACAGAAUGUAUGGGUUGAAAACUUUCUGAUUGGAAACUUCUCUGAGGAGGAAGCGACAUGUUACAAGGAUAAGAUCAAUGCUGUGUUACAAGGAGCACCUCUGCCGGAGUCACAACUUUUAAAGAAACGGUUGUACCAGAUGCCAGUGGGAGAUAGCUACUGUCAGGUCAGAGGUCAUAACUAUGAUGAUAACAAUUCCUGUGUGGUGGUGUACCUUCAGUCAGAGCCAGGCACCAUCUAUACCAGCACUCUAAAUGAAGUCUUAGGGACUCGUAUGACAGAGCCCUGCUUUGACUUUCUGCGAACUAAACACCAACUAGGUUACAGCACAUUCUGUGAAUUCCUGGUAACAAAUGGUAUUCUUGGAUUGGCCAUCACAGUUGAGUGCCAGGCCAAUAAAUUCAGUAUGAGUGCUGUAGACAAGCAUAUUGAUGACUUCCUGGUAGAGUUCAGGUCAAUUAUAGACAGCAUGACAGAGGAUGAGUUCAAAUCAUUGGUGGACUCGGUGAUAGCCAACAAACGCUGUGAGGACACACACCUUGGAGAGGAGGCUGGUCGUCACUGGAGGGAGAUCUAUGAUCAAACCUACAUCUUUGAUAUUCUGGAGCGAGAGAUCAACAUACUACCCACCUUGACAUUAGAUAUAUUGAAGGAUUGGUAUUUACAGUAUGAGAAAGGCAGGCACAGAAAGAUCAGUUUUCAGAUUGUUGGGAAGACUGAGGACCAGCCAUCGUCAUCUACAACUGUUGCUGGUCAGAAGGAGCAGCCAUCAGACAUGUAUCCCCUAACCUGUUUUGUUGACGAGGACCAGAGUCAUUCCACACCUGUCACUGACAUCAAACUUUACAAACAAACUUUAAAAGUGCUGCCAUUCACAAAAAUAACAUCUUGA